CGGGGUGUCGCGGCCGUUGGGGCGGCCGCGCUGCGCGGGAUGGAGGAGGAGGACUUCGUGCUGGCCCUGCAGCUGCAGGAGCUGUGGGAAGCGGAGGAUAAGGAGGAAGAGGAGGAGAAGAAGGCGGCGGCGUGCCCUGAGGCCUCGCCGGACCCCUCACUCCUCCGCUCGCUGUCGGUGGUGGACGAGGCCUGGGAGCUGCUGGACCCCAGCCCCGAUGUGCACGGCCUCUUCGUGCAGUUCAACCAGACGCUCUUCUGGGGGCGGCUGGAGGCUGUGGAGGUGUCGUGGAGCCCACGCAUGACCCUCUGUGCUGGAGUAUGUAGAUACGAAGGAAAAGGUGGAAUGUGUUCCAUUCGUCUAAGUGAGCCACUUCUAAAGUUAAGACCAAGGAAGGAUCUCGUUGAGACACUGUUGCAUGAAAUGAUCCAUGCCCUGCUUUUUGUUACUAAUAAUGACAAAGAUCGUGAAUCUCAUGGACCAGAGUUCCGCAAACACAUGCGUCGUAUUAAUCGCUUGACUGGAGCCAAUGUCACAAUCUAUCAUACCUUCCACGAUGAGGUGGAUUUGUACCGCCAGCACUGGUGGCGAUGCAAUGGUCCCUGUCAAAAUAGAAAACCUUACUUUGGAUAUGUGAAACGUUCGAUGAAUAGAGCACCUUCUGCACGAGACUUUUGGUGGGUUGAGCAUCAAGAGACGUGUGGAGGUACAUUCACAAAAGUGAAGGAGCCAGAGAACUUCUCGAAGAAGUCCAAGGAGAAAACUCAGCCAGCAAAACUUCCAAAUUCUGAGGCAACUAAUAAAGGCAAGGCACAAAUGCGUGAUACGCAAAAUCUGAUGCCUUUUAGUGGAAAGGGAUAUCAACUUGGAGGAGGAGAGAGUGGACUCUCAGGAAAAAACACAAAUUCCAGCAGCAGUGUUAGAAACAGUGAAACACCUGGUUCACAGCAUCGUUCAGCAGUAAGGACAAUACCAAUCCCUAAAAAUGAGAUAAAAUUUGAAAAAUCACCCCGUAGUGGCAUCUUCUUUCCACUUUAUACUGAUGAUGCUAGUGAGAAAAUCAACUUGGCUUCAAAGCGCGAGUUUCCUAAACUCUCUGUUGCUGAUACAAAAGCUUACAAGAAUGUUAGUGGAUCGCCUGUUAAAAUUGCUCGUGUUAUGGAAGAAAAAUCAAACCAAGGUUCUGCAAAUGGCAAGAGGGUUAUACCACUUCACAACAGGCCACUGAAACAAAUUUGUUUUGAGCAGACGACAGCAGCUCAGGUUGCAUCUGAGAAAAAAAGCUCAGAAUCUACUAAUACACUGCAGCAAUGGCCAAAAAUGGAAGACAAAACUGCCUUUGAAAACUAUUUCAUUAAAAAAGAGAGUACCACUUUGAGUAUAAAUACACCUAUGAAAACCAAAGCUGAAUCUACAGUGUCCUCUGCAAGUUCCAGCACUGCUGUAAGGCAGGAUGAAAAAGUCAGUUGUCCUGUUUGCCAGACUGAGGUUUUGGAGUCUAAAAUAAACGAACACCUUGAUUCUUGUCUUGCAUAAAACCUUUCAGAAAGCUGUCUCAAAAAGAUGGACCAGGGCUGAAAACGUUGCUUGAAAACUACUUUGCUCAGGGUAUGCUUAGCUGUGGUUACUUCCCUUGUGCCUGUUCUGAACUGGAAUUUAAACUACUGUCAGCAUGCUGAACAACAAGUCUUGUGGAGUUGGACAUCAGCACUGACUACGAAGCUAGCUGCUACUUCUGUUCCAAAGAAUUGAAUACUCCAGUUUUAGUAGGUGGAUGUUUGUGCCACUGUUCUUGCUGCAGAAUCUGGGUAAUACAAGAGAAGGUGGAUACUUGCCGAACUGUGUAUUUUCAAGGCAGUUUUAAAAAUCAAAAACAUUUUUAGUCUUGCUAAUUCAUCUUUGUUCUUAAGAUCCCUUUGUGUUGGUUGGUUGGUUUUUUUAAUGUGUUUUUGGCCAUUCUUAAAGUUAACCACCUAAUAGAUAAAAAUUCUUGUUUUACUGCAAUGUAAUUAAGUGGCAUGUAUUUUUAGAACACUAAAUAUUUUGCAUAAGCCACAAUUACACUCUGAGGUGGUCCUUCUUACCUGUGACCUCUUUGAAAAGAUAGAUGAGAGUGAGAAUCUCAAAUACAGGCUUUUGUCAAAGAUGGGAGAGGCAUAGGCAUAAAAAACACAGCAAAGCAUCCAUUUAGGUUUAAUGGGUGCAUUGUAGCAGGAAAAGAGAAAAUCCAGAAGGGUGAUGAAGGUGCUAGGAAAUCAAGCACAAGAUACUUGGUAGAUGAGAAGGCCCUACACUUAAGGGCUGAAUUUAAAAAAAAAAAAGGCUUUGAGGAGCUUGUUUUCAAAAAGGAUUUAAAAAUCAGCUAUGCUGUUAAAAGUUGGAGUGGUCAAAUGGAAGCUAAUGAACCUCAGUCUUAUGUCUGUCUUUUGGUCCAGGAUCCCAGCUAGAUUCUCCACCCACUUUUUCUGAUGGUUUGCACUAACUCUGUGUUGAAAGUUCACUAGUUUUUUUACGAUAUAGGUGUUAUGUGCAUGAGCAACUGACCCCCAUAUCCUGACACUAGUAAAUAAAAGUUGUGAGGAAUAUUGAUAGCAAUACUGGUAAAGACUGUUCUUGGCCAUGUCAUAAAAGCCUUCAUGAUUUUUCAGUUAAACUUCCAGUGCUUUACAGGUCAAAAUGGCCUUAAAUUGAUAUUAGCUGACAGUUGUUUUGCUGCUUCUGGAAGCCAGCCAGCUUGGUGGUUAGUAUCCAACAAGCCAACAGUUGGUUGAGUAUUAAAACCACUGUGCUGUGAAAAGUUAUGAAUGCUGAGCAGAUGUGGUCUUUUUAAUAUAAAUUUUCUGAAAUGUUAAUAGUUCUCUUGCUGCACUGAAAGUAUUUAACUGGUUAAACAGUUAACAGCUUGAUUCCUUACUUGUAAAACUGAUUAUAAAUAUUUUUGUUUAAAAAAAGAAAAAAUAAUUAUGCUGUUUCACAUAGUGUUGCUACAACUUCAAAUGGCUGUAUUAGCCUUGGAUGUAUAUAUGUUUGCCUUUAUAUAAUCAAUUACUUGCUGCUCCCUUUUGAAAUUGGGAAAUAAACUGAUGUGCAAUGGAAUUUGGCAAAUGAUACCUUAACUCUUUUUAAACAUUGGUGUAUUUUUUUAAAUACUGACGCUACAGAUGUUUUAAUGUGAACUGGAUUGGUUUUGCAUAUUGUGAAUAAAUUGGUACAGCAUUUUAAAUUUUCAUUAAGCCUGGGUUUCACAUGGCAGUUGUGGCCAUCUUGCUUUACUCACCAGUGUGGUUACCUGUAUAUCUAAUAACAGUCUUGGUUUAAUAGAUCCUUUCUGUAUUAACAUUUUUCCUUCUUAAAUUUCCCUGUAAAAACAGGUAUUGGUGAAUAUAGACUGCAUCAACCUCUGCCUUCUCUAUCA